AUGAUCCAAGAUGAAUUUUCUCUAAAACUGUCUCCUUCUCCUCAAGCUGAGACAGUUCCCCCUAUGCCAACACCUAUUACUAAUAUUUUUCUUCAUCAUGGUGAUUGGGGAGAAUCCAGCUCCAACUUUGAAACUGAUGUGCUUUCUCAGCUCUCCUUAAUUGUGCAGUUAACUCAGUUAAUGGAUAAAAUAUUAAAUAAAGUUGAAAGGGGUGUGGCUAUAAUGAAGAGACUUAUGGCUUUGGAGGAUGAUGAUGAUAUAGUUGUUGAUGACACUCCUCCAAAUUCUCCAAGUGAUAACCCUCCUCCACCUCCACCUCUAUCAACAAAUCUUCCUCCAACAUCUAAUCGUCCUCCUAUAACUCCUUCAUCUCCUCCUAACCCUCCUCCUCAGUCUGAUGCUGCCAAAAAGGGGGAGAAUAAUCAAGGGGAUCCUCAUCCAAUGCAAAUAUAG